GCGUUCUUCUCCCAUCCAGUCGGACUCGGACGUUCGGUGCGGAACGGUUAUUUUUCUCUCGUCGUGGCGAAUGAAAUCCGCGAAUCUUCCACCCUCUCUGGCUGUGGGGCGUUUGGUGGUGUGUGGUGCAAGCAAGCCUGGAAGUGAAAGCUCAAAAUUCGAGUGUUUGGAUGGUUAUUUUGCGGGGUGUUUAAUUGAAACAAUAGUGAAUGAUUGUUGCAGUUUGAUGAUUGUUUUUGGAUCGAGGAAUUUUGCUCAUUUCUUUUCGACGGAUUAAAAGAUUGCCAUUUUUCCUCUGCUGCCAUGGUGCUUCAGUGCUUUCUCCAGGGCCUUCUGAGUUGGCCAAAAUAAAACAAAAUCAAAAUAAAAGUGUGGCUGGUGUGUGUUGUGAGUGUGAAAGGAGAAAGAUUAUUGUUGAAUAACACAAAAGUGGUGCAAAAAUUCGUCAUCGAUUCCAGCUACGAAGCCGAAGGAACUUCGCUCGCCAAGAUUUUUCCACGAGCUGGGCCACGUGAACGGUGGAGUUGCCGAAAUCGCCGUGGCCGUUGCUGCUGUCUGCUGGCACCCUGAAAUGAAAAGUGGAAAAUGAUUGCCGCUUCAACCGGGUCGAUUUAAAGUUAUUUUCCGAGCUGCUGACGCACGAGAUAUAGUUGAGUUGUGUUGAGUUGAAGAAGGUGGUUGCUGGAGCAGCAGGUGAAGCAGCGCCCCAAAGUAAACACAAAUAGUGUUCGGUGUGAGAGGGUUAGGUCGGUGGUCGCGGUGGAGUUUGUAGUAACAGGUGAAAAAGAGUGUGUAGUGUUGAUGUGAUAGUGAGUGAAAGGUCGCAUCGUCAUCGUUAGCGCCAAGUGAAGCUCCCCGAUAACGAGCAACUUCAGCGCACUAGCAAGGGGUUGAGAGCACGUGAUGGAAGCGGCGAUCCGCUGCUGGCUGUUUCGUCAGAGUCUUGGAGAGUGUACCAGCAUCAGUGGCGUCGGUGCUGCCGCCGUUCGUAGCGAUUAGUAGACACAGUACUUUUAACACACGGAAACCCGUAGCAGCUUUGCUUCUUAGAUCUCACCAACGGUAGCACCAGCCCCUACCCAACCCCCCUCACACAAUGCGAGAAGACCAGCAUCCGCCGCACCAGUACCACUGAAGGACCCCCGCCCCGCGCAACAACCAGCACAACCUGCCCCACCAUGCUCGAGCGACGUCCCCUGUUUGGGGCGCUCAUCGGGCUCACGCUGGUCUUCACGAUCUGGCACAUGGCGGUCCAGGAGUCGGUGGUGGUCAGCAGCAACGGGGUCAACGGGCCGUACCCGGAACCGGUGGCGGUGGUCACGACGUGGGCCGAGCUCGCCGGGAACCAGAGUUGGUUCUCGGCGCCGCCGGGUGGGAUGUUAUUAGUCAAUCCAGCAGAUUCGUUGCCAAAAGAUGAUUAUAGUAGUUUGAUAGAUUUGAAAGAUUUUAGAUUUACGAUCAACUUUAACAAUUGCAGUAGUAGUAGUAGUAGGAGUAGGAGUAAGCGCGAGGACGACGCCGACGCGUUAGGUGAUAGCCUUAAGAGUGAUGAUCGACGAUCACCGUUAGUUCUAGUGUUAGUACAUUCAGCACCAACCAAUUGGUACAAGCGCAAUACCAUUCGUGAUACCUGGGGCCGGUACGAUCCGCGAGCCAAGCUCGUCUUCCUGCUGGGGGCGGUCAACUCCAGCGUGCUGCAGCGCCGGAUCGAGAAGGAGAACCGGCUGUACGACGAUAUCGUGCAGGGUAGCUUUCUGGACGCGUACCGUAACAUGACGUACAAGCACGUGAUGGCCCUCAAAUGGUUCACAUAUCACUGCCCCGAAGCCAAAUACAUCCUGAAGGCGGACGACGACGUGUUCGUCAACACGCCCGCGCUGUACAACGUCCUGUCCGGGCUGCAGACACCGCGGAGGCGCCUGCUGUUCUGCCAGGAGAUCUGGAACGCCCCCGUCAAGCGAACGCAUCGCUCCAAGUGGUUCGUCAGCAUCCCCGAGUACCGCAACAAGUACUACCCGAACCACUGUCCGGGCUACUCGAUUCUGUACAGCCCGGACGUGGCCUACCAGCUGUACCGCGAGGCGAUGCGACAGCCGUACUUCUGGAUCGACGACGUCCACAUCACGGGGACGAUCGCCCAGCGGAUCAACGUUACCAUUACGCCGACGGACGCCAUGUUGCUCAACCGAACGCAGAAGGACGCCAUCGUGGAGGGGCGCGCCAACGCCACCGAUCAGCUGUUCUUCUUCACGACGCCCGACCUGCGCGAGGGCGAAAUCCGCAAACUGUGGCGGGCGGUCACGGCUGCGGGUGGUGGCGGCCGAUAGUAGAACGACCCGGGGAACCUCCGGCGCGAAUGGUGUUGAGUGCGGUGUGUGUGCGAGAGUGCGCGACGACGUGUUCAAGUGGUGCCGCUGUAAACGUUAGGUUACUUUUAGCUUUGUAAGGAACGAUAUCGACUCGCUGUAUUUUUUGGACUUAACUUCUUCUUACAUGGUUUACAUUUUCGUAAGGAUUGAAUUUUAAUAAACCGCCCGAAAAUGAUUCACCCAAAACCAACCUCCCAUCAAUUUGUUUUUACAAGUGCAGGCAGCUUUACGCUGGAAGUGGGAAGCAUCCAAAGACAUGAUCUAAUCAAUUUACACCACACGUUUACUGUCUCUCGGUUACUAUAGCUCUGGUCCACACUGGUCAGUCCAAUGAGGGCGGGGAGCAGGGUGUAAUGCGACAUUGUAGAUCCCUAUCUCGUAGACACAAUCUACACACGUGACAUAUGCUGCUCAGCUGGGUCGUUGCAAGCGUUUUGCAUGGACAUCAAUGUAAAUGCAAUUUUGUUCAAGUUGAAUCGUCUGUUAAUCUGUGAGCUUGAACUUCCCUCUGCAUGCUGCAGUUUGCUGCACUGUCCAGUCCAGUCUGUCCUUCCGGCUAAUUUAUAACAAUUUGUCGUCGUCGAUGUCGCUGUCUGCUUUAUCGGCUGAUUAGUUUGUUUUCACUUGGCCGGGAGGGUGGCGCUUUAACUAGAGGAUUAAUGUUCGGAAAAAAGCUGUGUCACGCAAUCGAUAGUGUGAGUUUGCGGAAAGGUUAAAUUGAUUUUUAUUUUAAUAUUCAGAGAUUUUUUUAAAUUGAUUUAUUUGGAUUUCGACUUUUUUGAAUAUAAGAAGCGCAAUUUUACUAACACAUAUUUUUAGUUGCAUGUUGUGGAGUCAAGAAAAGUAGAAAUAAUGUAUUCAGCAUGUCGUACCACUGUCAGGUUGAUUGUCAAACAGAAAUAAAAAUGGUAAACAGUGCGCUGUAGCUACACUACACCGU